AUGAUGCCAAAUCCAACGGAAGAUAUGUGGAUAUCUAUUUCCAAUGACUACAAUACAAUUUGGAACUUCCAAAAUUGCGUAGGCGCUUUGGAUGGCAAACAUGUCAACAUUCAAGCUCUUCCAAAUAGUGGGUCGUUGUACUUUAAUUACAAGAAAACGUUCUCGGUAGUCUUAAUGGCUCUUGUUGAUGCUAAGUACAAUUUUAUUGCAGUUGACGUUGGUGCAUACGGAAAAAGUAGCGAUGGGGGAAUUUUUACACAUUCUAAUUUAGGUAAAGCUAUUGAACAAGAUAAACUACGAAUACCACGAAGUGUAAAGUUACCUAACACAUCUAUUGAAGUUCCAUAUGUUAUUGUAGGGGACGAAGCAUUCCCAUUAAAAACAUAUUUAAUGCGACCCUACCCACGACAAGAUCUAAACAUAUUUUCAAUUACCGUUUAA